GCAAUUUUCCUGCUAACUGUGUGAACACACAGAAAAAACCUGCCAAUUAAAAUUAACGGACAAAAUUUAAAAACAACAAAAGCAGAGAAAAAAAAAAAAAAAAAACGGUUUUCAAAAAAUGCAAAUCGUUUGUAUUAGAAUUAAAGGAAAGAAAAAAAAGAGAAGAGCCUUCAUUGCGUUGUACUCCUGUCGAACGGCAGCUUGAGGCGGUGGCAGCGACGGAGAGAUAGAGAGAGAAAAGAAAAGGAACAAUCAAAUCGCCGGUCUUAACGUCUAAUCCCAUUAGAUUCUCUCUCUCUCUCUCUCUCUCUCUCUCUCUAAUUGGAGAUUGUGUACAUUCUCCAAUUUGCCUCUCGUUUCUUGUUUUCCGAUGAAUUUGUCUCUCCUUUCUGGAAAUUUUCAACAUUUUUCCAAAUCUUCCUGUUAAAAUUUUUUUUUUUUAAAUUUGUGUCAAAGGUCUCUCUUUUCAAUUUGGCAGCCGAAAAAUCUUCAAUCUUUCAGCUGUGUAAAGUCAAAAUUAAGAAAAAUGCCAUUGAAAACCUUUGUUCGGGAGAUUGGGAAUAUAUCAAAGAAAAGUUCAGAGAGGAAGAGACAUAAGCUUGGGCUUGGACGAGCCUAUAUUGCUCCAGAAGCUUCUUCAUCAUCACCAUCAUCAUCAGCUGGUUCUUCAAAGCAAGGGCAAUGGGCAAAUUUACCUCGGGAAUUACUUUUAGAUAUAAUUCAAAGAGUGGAAGCGAGGGAAACAUGUUGGCCUGGAAAGAAAGAUGUGGUUGCUUGUGCUUCAGUGUGCAGGUCAUGGAGGGAAAUCACUAAAGAGAUUGUUAAGACGCCUGAACAAUGUGGCUUUUUAACUUUCCCCAUCUCUUUAAAGCAGCCUGGCCCAAGGGAUACUCCGAUUCAAUGCUUUGUUAGGAGGGAAAGGGCAAUUUCAACAUAUCGAUUGUAUAUGGGUCUCAGUCCUGCUCCGUCCGGUGAUUUGAGUAAAUUGUUACUGGCAGCAAAAAAGGUCAGAAGGGCUACCAGUAGUUAUUUUGUGAUAUCUUUAGUUGGGGAUGAUUUCUCUAGAUCAAGUUACAAUUAUGUUGGAAAACUCAGGUCUAAUUUCCUGGGAACCAAGUUCAACAUUUUCGACUGUCAACCUCCAGAUGACUCUACUGUCCGAUCCAGUUUUCAAUCUUGUUGGAAAACUCGUUUCAAGCAGGUGCCUCCAAGGGUGCCUACGAGCAACUAUAACACUGCCGACAUAUCUUAUGAGCUCAAUGUUCUACGUACCAGAGGUCCAAGGAGAAUGCAGUGUACAAUGCACUCAAUCCCCAUCUCUGCGAUUGAAGAAGGAGGAAUUGCUCCUACUCCAGUGGCGUUCAAUUGCCAUGAUAAGGAUUCUUCUUCCUUAUUAGAUGCAGAAGGAAAAAGCGCACGAGUUGGAUUCAACUCAACUGGCUAUGGUAAGCCUUUGAAAUCAGUGCAAAGUGCACCCUUAGUUUUGAAAAAUAAAGCUCCUAGAUGGCAUGAACAGUUGCAGUGUUGGUGCCUAAAUUUUAAAGGACGAGUUACAGUGGCUUCUGUGAAGAAUUUCCAGUUGGUGGCUGCUGUGGAGCCAAGCCAAAAUGUUAGAGCAGUGGAACAAGAAAAAGUGAUUCUACAAUUUGGAAAGAUUGGUGAGGACAUUUUCACCUUGGAUUAUCGUUACCCACUCUCUGCCUUCCAAGCCUUUGCAAUCUGCUUAAGCAGCUUUGACACAAAACCUGUAUGUGAAUAAUGAUUCUCUUGUUCCCUCUACAGGCAUGAUCAUGCUAGUGUUCACCACAAUUUGGUUGUACAUAUUCUCUUUGGAAGCAAUUUAGGCUUGCCAUUUUCAUC